AUGGACAAGCUGAUGACCCUUCCCUCGGCGACGCCGGCGACCAAGCACAGAGCGGUGGGUUCGGCGGGCAUGGAUCAGGACGUGAGGGAGUUGGCCAUCAACACGGCCAAGAGCGUGGUGGGCAUCGACAGCUCCAACAGGCGAAUCCAAGGCGUGCUGGGACAGGUGGCGCUCGUCGACGAACAUCACCCAUACCUCGAGCCGAUCAAGAAGGGAGCCAAAGCCUACGAGCAGGAGAAGCAGGCCACCACCACCUCCGAGGAGCGCUCCCAACUGGUGCCCUCUCACGUUCGCGCCUGGAUCGAGCUGGUGAACUGUGUGCGAGCCGACAAGUCAGUCCCAGACAAGAAGAAAACCGCGCUGAUCGCGUACCACACCAGCCAGUCGGACAUCAAUGCGGUGGGAGCACACGUGAUCACUUGCUUCCAGAAGAAGUGCUACCGUCAGAAAGCGUGGGGCGACAAGGACAGGUUCAAGAUAGAGCUGCUGGUCAUACCCGAGGUGAGGACGGUGGCAACAGAGAUCAUGAAUGCCAUCGCUCUCAAGCCAGAGGUGGAGAUCGAGAAAGGGGCUGCGGAGUUCGCUCAGAAUUCAGUGCUGCAGUUGGCCGCGAUAGAGGCCGCAGAACAUGUGGAGUCCGAUGACCAGAGGGCCGCGGAGCAAGCGGCGUCGGGGCAGCAGCAGGCGGCGCAGCAGGAGGCAGAGCCGGGGCAUCCGGUGCCGGGCGACUGCGGAGGGCCGUGCUCCACGCCACGGGCGCGCGAGCGGCCGCGCGCGGGCAAGCUCCCAGCGCUCGCCCUCAUGAAGAAAGCCGGGGGCCAGCAGCUCGUCGGCCAGGCCCCGCGGGGCUCCCUUGAGCGGCGCAUCCAGCUGCUCGACGAGCUCAAGCUCUGGCACCGGUGCGGGCGCAGCUCCGGCACGGGGGCCGCAGGCGGCAGGGCCGCGAACCCGCUCUGCGGAGGCCGCCCUGUGGCGCACCGCUCUGCAGAGCACGGAGGCAAGAUGAGCUCGCGGAAGGCGCCCACGCAGUUAUACAGCAACUUGUCGCCGGAGCAGCAGGCCAAAUUUCAGGAUGUUGUCGUCGAGCAGCUCAAGACACUCAUCGGCGGGCACCGCGAGCUCUCCGUGCUCGCCGAGUAUAUCGCGGUGAUGCUGCAGUCCAGCCGGCCUCCUGAGCAGAUCGAGUCGGAGUUGGAGGCGUUCCUACAGGAGCAGAGCAAACCCUUCACGGCCUGGCUGUGCAAGGAGCUCUCCAAGCUCACGGGUGGCGGCAAGGCCUCCUCGAGCCGCGCCGCCGACGCAAAGGGCGAGGCGCUGCUGCUGCGUGCCGUGCAAGACGCGCGGCAGGGCGCGGCGGCCGAGCCCGAGGUGGGAAAGCGGUCCCGGAGAGAGAAGCGCCCGAAGGAGGGCGCCGCCGCGGCGGAGGCAGCCGCGCCGGUCCGCGAGAGGCGCCGCGCCAGCAGCGGCGGCGUGGGCGCGGCCGCCGCGGCGGCCGCCGCGAACGUCGCCGAGCAGCCGGCGGGGAGGCACAGAGGCGAGGCGCGAAGCCGCAGCCGGCAACGCAGGCGGCGCGAGGCGCAGCGCGAGGCCGCUGCCGGCAGCGGCGCGGCCGCCUCGAGGAAGGCGCUGUUGACGCCGAACGUUCAGUUCUUGCGGGACGCUUACCACUCAAAGGUGGACGCGCAGGCUGCAGAGCCCCCCCCGCCGCCGGACUCGCGGUGGACCUUCCGCGCGGACGCGUCGGCGCCGGGCGCCGAGCCGCCGCGGACGGCGCCCGAGGGCCUGGCGCCAGCGGGGUACGCGCUGGCCCCAGGCGCCCCCGCCGUGCCCGCGGCGGCACCUGCGCCGCAGGUGACAGUGGUGAGGAACAAGUUUUUCCCAGCCAAGAAGUGGAAGGUGGCCCGGAAGGACACGGUGGUAAGAGCCACCGAACACCUCGACAGCGAGAAAGUCCAGCUGCUGCAGGUGGGCGAGAUCGUCGAGCAGGUGGCGCCCGCCUUCAAGCUGAACAGCGGCAUUGUCCGGAUACAGAUCCGGCACCCGUCUUCCCCGCAGUUCCCCAACCCGAUCGGGUGGGUGACCCAGGACGCGACCGCGGCCGGUGGCCCCAGGUUCCUCGUGCCGGGGCCGGAGCCGAUGGUGAAGAGCGGCUGGCGGCCGCCCGCCGCCGCCCCCGCCUGGGGCGAGGACCCGUCCGCGGGCUGGUGGCCCCCAGCCAAGGGCAAGGGCCGCGGCAAGGGCGCGCCUGCGCCGGCCGCCAGGCCAGCGGCUGCCGGCGGGCGCGGCGGAGGCCAGACCUUCUCGAACCUAACCUGGACGCCGAAGCCAGACGAGGCGGCGCCGGCCGGCUGA